AAUCGAGUGCCCAGGACACACCUGUAGGUCUUUCUGUCUUUGGGGUUUUGUUCAUUUCUUCAUUCUGGCCAUGGUGCACACCUGUAAUCUUUAAUCCCAGCACCUGGGAGCCAGAGACAAAUUGAUACCCACAAUCAGCCUAGUUUAUGUAGUUUCAGGCCAUCCAGGGCUGCAUAGUGAGACUGUCUCACUGAAAAAAAAAUAAGUAAAACAGGUAUCUAGUCCUUUACAGUGAGAGCCGUUCCCGGCCCCUCCCUUCACCUUCGUUCUCCAGCUCCCUCAUGCUGUGGAUUGAGCCUGAGACCUCCCUGAGUCGUAAGUGGAGCAGGCCCCUCUCCCAGCUGUGCACUCCCUGAGCAGGCUGGCCAAGAUUAGCUCCCUCGUUAUUUGGUCCACCAUCGUUCCUUCGUUUCAUAACCUCAGCAGAGAUUGUGUAAUUUUUGUAUUCUGAAAGACUGUUACAAAGCCGGGGUUAGGCAUGCACUCUUGCUUUGUCAGAGGCUAGAGAGUCAUUCUCUUUCUGGCCAGCGUAGGGGCCGUCAGCAAACGCACAGGGAAAGGUGAGGGCCCACGGGCAGCAGCAAAGCCUGGUUCCUCAGGCAUUUCUUACCUGCAGCCCCGUCAGCAUACAGACCCACACACCCAGCAUUACAUCAGGCUGCUGAAGGUAGGAGCUGGAGCGAUGGCUUAGUCUCUGAAGUGCUCGCCACCCCAGCAUGGAGGCCGGUGUGGUGGGAUCACCACACAGGGCAGUGAGAACCAGCUGCAAGUUGUCCUCCACAUGUGCUUGUGCUUCGUCCCCGUGUGCGUUCACACACACGGAAGUAAGAUGUAAUUUAAAUGGAAGGUGGGGGCUGGAGAGCUGGCUCAGAGGUAAGGAGCACUGGCUGCUCUUCCAAAGGUCCUGAGUGCAAUUCCCAUCUAUAAUGAGAUCUGGUGCCCUCUUCUGGUGUUCAGGCCUGCAUGCAGGCAGAAUACUGUAUACAUAAUAAAUCUUAAACAACAACAAAAAAAAGGAAGGUGGAGAGCACUGGAGAGAUGGCUCAGCAGUUAGGACCCCCUAUGUUCUUGGGGAGAACCCCAGUUCAACUCCAGCACCCACACCAGGAAGCUCACAGCCCACCUAUUAACGCCUCCAGCUCCAGGGGAUCCAGUUGCUUGCUCUCUUCUGGCCUUUUCAGGCACUACACAAACUCAUUCAAACCUGUACAUACACGUGAUUAAAAAUGAAAACUUUUUUUUCCUUAAGUAGAGUGGGGGAGAUGUGGCUCAACCAGGAAGAGCACCAGCUGCUCUUGAAAAUGGCACAGGUUCUGUUGCAGCAUCCACAUAGUGGCUUACAAUCUGCACCCCACUUCUAGGGGAUCUGGUGCCCUGUUCUGACCUCUGCAGACACCAGACACGUGUGGUGGACAUACGUCCAUGCAAGCAGAACAUUCAUACAUGUAAAGUGUAAAUAAAAAUUUAAAGGUGUAGAGCAGUAGAGAAAAACACGAGACCACCCUCUAGCCUUGCCAUGUACACACACCCAAACACACAAAAUAAAUGCAGCAGGCAGAAGAGAGGCUAAGGGUGUGGCCUCCACAGCUCAGGAAGGUGAGGCGGGGACAUUUCAGACGAAGCCUCUGAGGUAGAGUCUUCCAGGCAGCACCCUCCGUAGUCACUGGCUCUGUCAGAAUGCUGAGCUCACGCUCCAGCUGGAGAGACACGACCUACUCACUACUCUGCCCUGAGAUAGCUUGCCUCCCUGUCACAUCCAGAGUCAGUGACACUGAUUUCCAGCCAUAACUGCUCUCACUAAGUGCUGCAAGCAGGAAAUCAUUGCUCUCGGAAGGUGAUGUCAUUUGGUGAAAAGCAGAAGUUUUCCAGGAAGCUGAGGCAGGCACACGGGACAGCGUCUGCUGUUUGCUGUGAUGUACACCCUGAUUUUGUGGGACGAGCUGGCUGUUCUGUUGUCUGAGGACUGGCUCCUAGGUAAACAAUGUAUAAUUCUAGGAAGCCCACACUAAAAUUGUAGGAUCAUCCAAGAGGCGCUGCACAUGUUUGUAAGAGAUGCAAAAGACCUAGCCAAGAGUUACAUAAAUACUAGGUCAUGUUCCCAAACUUACUUCAGCCAAAAGAUUCCUCUCAGGGAGGGAAGUUUUUGAGACAACACCUCUCCAGCUGCUUGGAAGAGUGGAUGUGGGAUGUGAAUAAGCUGGAGAAAGAAUGAUUGACAGAGAUCCCUUAGCUCUGCCGAGAAAGGACAGCAUUUGGAUGGGACUGAGAAGCAAAAGGGAGAGGUAGGACUCUGUAGGCUGAACAUUAGUUUGACCAGAAAUGGCACCUAAAGUGGAUGCCUAAAGGUCUGGUCCAUGGGGGACACACACACUGGACCCCAAGACACUCAUGUACAGCCUUGUGAGGGAUGGGAAUCUCACUUGUGUCCUCAAAAGACAUUGACAUUUACUGCAUCCUUGUGUGGUGUGUAUGUGUGAGCACAAGUGUGCAGGGAGGGGCCCAGGCCAAUGUGCAUUUCCUCCCAAUAGCUCUUCACUUUGUUCAUUGAAGCAGGGUCUCUCAAUCCAACCCGGAGCUCAGCAGAACAUCUGCUAUGAUUAGCCAAAUGUUUCAAGGAUACCAGCCAGCCCCCUUAGCUCGAAAACUGAGCAGGGUGCCACAGCCGUCUCAUAUUCAUGUGGAUACUGAGAUCUGAACUCUGGUCCUCACACUUAUAUGGCACGUGUUUAGCUGCUGAGCCAUCAACCCCAGCCUUUUCCCCUUGGAAUAGAAGAAUAACACACCACCAAAAGUAUGGUAUUCAAAGAACAAGACUUGCACCUUUUCAUUAGUUUACUGUCUUGUUCAAUUACUUUCAGUUUUAAUGCUUAUUCAAACCUCUUAUCCAUAUAUCUACUGAUCUGUAUAUCUUUUAUUGACAUAUGAUUCCUUAGAUUUUAUACUUAUAGUCCAUCUAUCUAUCUAUCUAUCUAUCUAUCUAUCUAUCUAUCAAGAUCUUGCUAUGUUGUCUCAGCUUGAAUAAUCUUUCUAUUUCAGUCUUCAAAGAGGCUGAGUCUGUAAGCUCACUGGACUUGAGUAAGUUGGUUGCCAUUCUUGUAUUGUUUGAUUUUUGUUACUGUUAUUUGACGUAGGGUCUCACUCUCAGCCCUGGCCUGUGGGUAACUGGCGUCCUCCUGUCUCAGCCCAGUGCUGGGACGGCAGGCGUGUUCACACUGAUCUGGCUUCCUUCUUAGUGUUACCAUUGGAUAAGAAUUUGAAGGGUACAACAUGGUCCAGUUUGUUUUCACUUGUUUCAUGCAUCUUUAUGUUGUAUUAAAAAAUCCUUUCUUUAGCUGGGUGGUUGGGGCACACUCCUCUAAUCCCAGGGCUUGGGAGGCAGAGGCAGGUGUGUCUCUGUGAAUGUGAGGCUAGCCUGGUCUACAGAGCACGUUCUAGGACAGCUGGAGCCACACAGAGAAACCCUGUCUCGAAACACAAAACAAAAAGUAGUAGAUUCUCUAAACAAUUGAUCAAUGUCUCCAGCCCAUGUCCAACAACUUUGUUAAGUCCACGUUAACAAUUUACCCUUAGUAGGGCUGGAGAGAUGCCUCAGUGGUUAGAGCACUGGCUGCUCUUCCAGAGGGCCCGACUUCAAUUCCCAGCAACCACAAGGUGGCUCCCAACCAUCUAUACUGGGAUCUGGUGCCUCUUCUGACAUGGGAAUGCAUAAAAUACAUAAAUAGUAAUUAAAAUAAUUAAAAAAUAAAGUGCCAGCUGGGCGUGGUGGUGCAUGUCUUUAAUCCCAGCACUCAGGGAGGCAGAGGCAGGCAGAUCUCUGUGAGUUCAAGGCCAGCCUGGUCUACAAAGUGAGUCCAGGACAGCCAAAGCAACACAAACCCUGCCUGUCUGGAAAAAAGCAAAAACAAUUUAUUCCUACUGAGGCUGGAGAGGUGGCUCAGUGGUUAAGAGCACUUGUUGCUCAUGAAGAAUGCCCAGGUUCAAUUCCCAGCACUCACAUGGUGGCUCACGAUCACCUGUAACUCCUGGGCAUCUGAUAACAUGUUCUGACGUCUGCAGGCACAAAACAUACAUGUGGUGCACACACAUGCAUACAGGCAAUACACAAAUACACGUAAGAUAAAUCUAAUACACAAACAAAGACAAUUUACCCCUAGGUUCCCUUGGAUUUAUUAUUAUUAUUAUUAUUAUUAUUAUUAUUAUUGGAGAGUCUCAUAUAUCUCAGACUGGUCCUGGGUUCCCUAUGUGUCUGAGGACCUUGAACUUCUGAUCCUCCUUUCUUCUCUCCCUCCAGAGUGCUGAGAUUACAGGCAUUCACCACUGUGCCUCAAGGCUGAGGAUUUACCGUAGGGCUUCAUACAUAAUAAGCAAUCACUCUACCAACUAGGAAAUAUGCCCACUCCUUUUUUUUUUUUUGCCUACAGCAUCUUAUUGAUGAUACAAUUUUUCCUUUUUAAACUCCAUAUUUGUAAAAUUGGUUUCCUUGCCUUACCACAGAGUUGUCUAUGUCCUCUAAACAUACUGAGGCUGUAGUCAUGAAUGUAUGAUGAGACUAAUUAUCAGGAUUGUGUGUUUUUCCAGUCAUGCUCUGCAGCUCCAGAUAUGAGAGAUACACACUCUAUUUUAAGCCCGUUUGGUUAUAGCCCAGUGAAGAGCUGAGCCAGGUUUUUGGUUUGGUUUGGUUUUGAGACCAUAUUUCUCUGUGUAACAGAGCCCCAGCUGUCCUGGACUCACUUUGUAGACCCAGCUGGGCUCAAACUCACAGAGAUCCACCUGCCUCUGCCUCCUGAGUGCUAGGAUUGAGUGUGCUUGUUUUGUUAUGAGACAGUCUCACUGGGUCGCCCAGGCUGGCCUGGAGUUUACUGCAUAGACAAGACUGGUCUCACACUCAGGGCUCUUCCUGCCUCUGUCUCUUGAGUGCUCGGAUGUAGUGACGCCACACCAGGGCAAAAUUCUUUUGUUUAUGGUGCUGGAGAGCGAAUACAGGGUCUUGGUGCACAGAACAUGUGGGUAGCACUGAAUCCUCUGAGGCUAACGGGAAAGGUGAGGUGGAGCUCAGACCUCUGCUGUCUGGUCUUAUCUUGCCUCCCAUCAAAUCUAGGUCUCAGGUUACACAGAGAAACCCUGUCUCGAAAAAACAAAACAAAAAACUAGGUCUCUGAGCCUUAGUGAACCCUGUCAUUGGAACUAUUGAGAAUGAAGAUAAUCCACAUGGUGGGGCCAAAGCUGGACUUGGAAGCAGAGGGAGGAUUAACGUGUCAUUUGAAAAUAUGGAUGUGUUAUUUUGGAGUGGAGUCGUACGUAGAGGGAAAUCAGAGGACGCGUUUGUGGCGUCGUUCCCUCCUUCCCCUUCCACGUGGGUUCUAGGGGCCAAACUCAGGUGUUCCGACUUGGACAUCAAGCACCUUUCCCGGCUGAACCAUCUUGCAGGCUCCUCGUUUUUGUCUUUCCAUUAUUAGGAACUGUGGGUUGGACAGAGUAGCGAGUGCUUAUGAGAAGACAAGGUGAGGAAGCCUCCAGAAAGCAGCAGCGGAAAACAGAGGAAGAGCGCAGACAGCCCGGGCAGGGAGCCGCACCGAACGCUGUCCGUUCCGGAUGCCACGGCUCAAGGGUGAAGGCCAGCUACCAGCCCUACAGGGAGGAGGAAACCGAACUCGAUUUUCCUCAGCAGUGGCGCCUUGCCCACGCGGCAGGGGCCACCUGGCUCCCUAAAGUGCUGCUCGGGCACCUGGUACACCUGGAGUCCUGGUCUUCGUUCAGGCGCCUCCUCUGUGAUCCCAGCUCUCGUCCUCCCUGUUUGGCCUCAGAUCUGUGUUUUCCGCUAACUAGCCCGCGGACCCAAAGGGCAGCAGGCACUGUCAAAACUAGGUCCCGCUCCUCUCUCCUCCGGUCGGGAACCGCAGUCCUACAGAGUAACUUCUUUAGUGCCCUUGCUGAUACUCCCCCUGCGUGCACAGGGGUUCGCCUGACACUGAACGCUGGCCCUGAAGAGCUUCUCAAGACUCAAAGACCCCCAACCCCGAAGCCCGCGGGCCAGACCCUUGCGACCACAAGGGAUGCCACCCGCGUGAGCCCGGACUCCCGGAAGCAAAGAAGCGAAGGAGGGCGAGAGUGCGUUGAUUGGUUGCUGGUGAUGUCAUAGCUACCAUCUGGGGGGGUGGGGAGCGGGCUAGAGGUCUCGGCCAGGAGUUCUUGGACUGUUUGAAGCAGUAACCACUCAGCUAGGGGAGCCGCGCCCAGGGCGGUGUUGGGGGUCCCGGGCUGACUCCUGUCUCGGCGCCGGCACGCCGGAGCGCGCUGCACCUUGGACUGGAGCUCUCCACCGGCGCUACGCUCGGGGCCCGCCGGGGGAGCCCGCCUUGUGGAUGAUUUCUGCGGGCUAGCUCGGAACUCUGCGGGGCCCUCCUUCCUCCCGCAUACAAUGGAGUCCUCCGAGAGGGGCGGGGCCUCCCAUUGUGCCAAUAGAAACAAUGACUCUCUGAUUGGAAUGCGCCGCCUUUCCCCGGUAGUCCGUGACGUCUGUGGCGCCGCGUCCAGCUAUUGGUCAGUGGAGAGGCGCGCGUGCCAGGAGUUGGACGGAAAGCUAGACUGGACCAGGACGGGGGAGAACUGAGCUCCUGUCAGGCUCUUCAAGGGGUUAAAAGGAUGCAGUUGUCGCAGGCGAGGGGCGGGGACCCGCGGAAGCUGGGCCCGCGGCUAUGGUGUAACCCUGGGUUCCACGUGGCGUCUCAGAGCCCUGGACAGAACCACAGCCUGGAGGAAUGUGGCGUCUGGAGCCCCCAGGCCGGGAGACUGCCAGCCACUGUCGAGGCAGAGAAGAGUUGGCUUCUCCUCCUGCCUCAGGAGCGUCAGAACAAGCAGAUAUUUGCGACAUGUUUCAUGAGCUCAACUUGCUAAUAAACGGUCAGGGCUGAUGUUUGAACUGCUGGUGAUGCAGGCUGGUUUCUGGUCGUUAUCCUCCCUGUCCCCCGGGAUUCUGCACGGUAACCCUGCCCAGAGCGGUGAGGACACUCAGAACAUCACGUGACAACACGUUUUCAGACCAAAACUGGGUGUCGGGGCUCGGAGCUAGUGCUCUGGAAGGAGACGAGAUUCCCAGCCAGGAGAAAGGCUGGGAAGGCAAGCCGGAGCAGCGUACGGGGAAGAGGGAGGGCGGUGGCGGAGUAGCGGAGAAACUCUCCGCUCCAUUCAGCACCGUGGGCAGCACUUCUGUCCUCAAUAAAGAUGGCGGAAGCGGCUUCGGUCGCCGGAACUGCCAUGCGCGACGGGCUCUACCACCGGGCCUGGAGCAUCGGGGCGGAGGUGGAGCGAACCAUCAGAGCGGCCGGGAGCCAUGUUGGAGCGUCGGGAGGCGGCGGCAGCGUCGGGGAUGCUGUGGUGGGGGCGGCAGAAGCCGGGGCCGUAGGCCAGAGGGGCUCCGGCCGCGGAGUAGAUGGUGCCCGGAGAGCACCGGCGGCGCGGAGCGACAGGCCGAGGGGCGGAGGGCCGGGGCGGCGGCGGGGGCCCAGGAGGGGGCCAGGGCAGCGGGGCGGGCCCGAGGCCCGGACCCGGGCGGGGGUCGACGGAGGCCGUGACGGGAGGCGGGGGGUGAUGGCGAGGCGGCCUCUAUGGUGGGGUCUCCGGGGACCGUCGACCCCGAUAUUACUGCUCCUUCUCCUCUCUUUGUUCCCUUUUAGCCGGGAGGAGCUGGGGGGCGGCGGGGACCAGGGCUGGGACCCAGGGGUAGCUGCUGCUCCUGGGCCAGGAGCGCAGAUCGGCAGCGGAGCCGCAGCUCUUUGUCCCGAGUCUCCCGGCGUCUGGGACGAUGGAGAUCCCGGCCUGGGAGUCGGGGAGCCUGUCUUCAUGAGGCUCCGAGUAGGUAGGCAAAGCGCCCGGAACGGCCGAGGGCCCCCUGAGCAACCAGACGCCGAGCUGGUGGCCCCGGCAUUGGGUACUCGUGAACAAGAAGCAGGUCGGGGUCCAGGGUAUCUGUUAUGUUGGCACCCAGAGAUCUCCUCUUGUGGGCGGACAGGGCCUUUACGAGGAGGCAGUCCGCCCCUCGAGGCUCUGUCCCCAGGGGAUCCAGGUCUGGGGAACAGCUCUCCCCACCCUUCGGACCUUCUGGCUCAGCGUGAUGGCUCCAGGACCGUGUCCUUCCAGCGUGAUGCUAGGAGGAGGGUCCGCAAGAGGGUGGAAACCUCUCGCUGCUGCAGGAAGCCGUGGGAGCCAGGACGCCAGGGUCAGGGUGGGAGACCCGCCACUUCCCGAGUGGAGAGGGGGCCCCUUCGGCGGGACUGCCUUCCCGGCUCCUGGGGAUCUGAUCCAGGGGAGGAUUCAGCACCACGUGCUCCGAGGACAGCUCCCACGCCGGGUUCAGCACCUCGCGAGCCCCGGACAGCUCCGGAGCCGGCUCCCGAGCGCAUGCGCCCCCGCGGUCUCUUCCGCCGCGGUUUCCUCUUUCAGCGCCCUGGGCCGCGCCCUCCCGGCUUCCCCACCGGUCCCGAAGCCCCUCGAACGCUCUCGACGAACCAGGGUCGUCCCCGUCGUGCUGCCAACCGCCACCCGCAGUUUCCUCAAUACAACUACCAGACACUGGUACCCGAAAAUGAGGCAGCGGGCACAGCGGUGCUGCGUGUAGUGGCGCAGGACCCGGACCCGGGCGAGGCCGGGCGCCUGGUCUACUCUCUGGCGGCGCUCAUGAACAGCCGCUCGCUGGAGCUUUUCAGCAUUGAUCCUCACAGUGGGCUCAUCCGCACGGCAGCCGCUCUGGACCGGGAGAGCAUGGAGCGCCACUACCUCCGAGUGACGGCCCAGGACCACGGCUCGCCGCGCCUCUCAGCCACCACCAUGGUGGCGGUGACCGUAGCCGACCGCAACGAUCACGCGCCGGUGUUUGAGCAGGCCCAGUAUCGGGAAACACUUCGCGAGAACGUCGAGGAGGGCUACCCCAUCCUGCAGUUGCGCGCCACCGAUGGCGACGCGCCGCCUAACGCCAACCUGCGCUACCGCUUCGUGGGUUCGCCAGCGGCGCGCACCGCAGCGGCCGCCGCUUUCGAGAUUGACCCGCGCUCGGGCCUGAUCAGCACCAGCGGCCGAGUGGACCGGGAACACAUGGAGAGCUACGAGCUGGUGGUAGAGGCUAGCGACCAGGGCCAGGAGCCCGGGCCACGCUCGGCCACGGUGCGAGUGCACAUAACUGUGCUGGACGAGAACGAUAACGCCCCGCAGUUCAGCGAGAAGCGCUACGUGGCACAGGUGCGGGAGGACGUGCGCCCUCACACGGUGGUGCUGCGCGUCACGGCCACGGACAAGGACAAGGACGCCAACGGCCUGGUGCACUACAACAUCAUCAGCGGCAACAGCCGUGGCCAUUUCGCCAUCGACAGUCUCACGGGGGAGAUCCAGGUCGUGGCACCUCUGGACUUUGAGGCAGAGAGGGAGUACGCUCUGCGCAUCCGGGCGCAAGAUGCAGGCCGGCCGCCUUUGUCCAACAACACGGGCCUGGCAAGCAUCCAGGUGGUGGACAUCAACGACCAUACGCCUAUCUUCGUCAGCACGCCCUUUCAGGUCUCCGUGCUGGAGAACGCACCCCUGGGCCACUCGGUCAUUCACAUUCAGGCCGUGGAUGCCGAUCAUGGUGAGAACUCCAGGCUGGAGUAUUCUUUAACGGGGGUGGCCUCAGACACCCCCUUUGUGAUAAACAGUGCCACGGGCUGGGUCUCUGUGAGCGGGCCCCUGGACCGCGAGUCGGUGGAGCAUUACUUCUUUGGUGUGGAAGCCCGAGACCACGGCUCACCCCCACUGUCGGCUUCAGCCAGUGUCACCGUAACCGUGCUGGACGUCAAUGACAACAGGCCCGAGUUCACCAUGAAAGAGUACCACCUCCGGCUCAACGAGGAUGCAGCCGUGGGCACCAGUGUGGUCAGUGUGACUGCGGUAGACCGAGAUGCCAACAGCGCCAUCAGCUACCAAAUCACGGGCGGCAACACGCGGAACCGGUUUGCCAUCAGCACCCAAGGCGGCGUGGGCCUGGUGACGCUGGCCCUGCCGCUGGAUUACAAGCAGGAGCGCUACUUCAAGCUGGUGCUCACUGCCUCUGACCGCGCGCUUCACGACCACUGCUAUGUGCACAUCAACAUCACAGACGCCAACACUCACAGGCCUGUCUUUCAGAGCGCACACUACUCCGUGAGCAUGAAUGAGGAUCGCCCAGUGGGCAGCACCGUGGUGGUCAUCAGCGCCUCUGACGAUGACGUGGGCGAAAAUGCCCGCAUCACCUACCUUCUGGAGGACAACCUGCCCCAGUUCCGCAUCGAUGCGGACUCCGGGGCUAUUACGCUACAAGCUCCCCUGGACUAUGAGGACCAGGUGACCUAUACCCUGGCCAUCACUGCUCGGGACAACGGUAUACCGCAGAAAGCAGAUACCACGUAUGUGGAGGUGAUGGUCAAUGAUGUCAACGACAACGCCCCGCAGUUCGUGGCCUCCCACUACACAGGCUUGGUCUCUGAGGAUGCCCCACCUUUCACCAGUGUUCUGCAGAUUUCAGCCACUGACCGGGAUGCUCAUGCCAACGGCCGGGUCCAGUACACUUUCCAGAAUGGGGAAGACGGGGACGGAGAUUUUACCAUUGAGCCCACCUCUGGCAUUGUGAGGACCGUGAGGUGGCUGGACCGGGAAGCAGUGCCGGUGUACGAGCUGACUGCCUACGCGGUGGACCGAGGCGUGCCCCCGCUGAGGACUCCGGUCAGCAUCCAGGUGACUGUGCAGGACGUGAAUGACAAUGCGCCUGUCUUCCCAGCUGAGGAGUUUGAGGUGAGGGUGAAGGAGAACAGCAUUGUGGGGUCAGUGGUGGCUCAGAUCACCGCGGUGGACCCUGACGACGGCCCCAAUGCUCAGAUAAUGUACCAGAUUGUGGAAGGGAACAUCCCGGAGCUGUUCCAAAUGGAUAUCUUCUCCGGAGAGCUCACGGCGCUUAUCGACCUGGAUUAUGAGGCUCGUCAGGAGUACGUGAUUGUGGUGCAGGCCACAUCUGCUCCCCUGGUCAGCCGGGCCACUGUACAUGUGCGCCUGGUUGACCAGAAUGACAACAGUCCUGUGCUCAACAACUUCCAGAUCCUCUUUAACAACUAUGUGUCCAACCGCUCUGACACUUUCCCCUCAGGCAUCAUUGGGCGCAUCCCGGCUUAUGACCCUGAUGUCUCUGACCACCUCUUUUACUCCUUUGAGAGGGGCAAUGAACUGCAACUGCUAGUGGUCAACCAGACCAGUGGGGAGCUUCGGCUCAGCAGAAAGCUGGACAACAACCGCCCACUAGUGGCCUCCAUGCUGGUGACUGUAACAGAUGGCCUGCACAGCGUAACGGCACAGUGCGUGCUGCGCGUGGUCAUCAUCACCGAGGAGCUGCUGGCCAACAGCUUGACCGUGCGCCUGGAGAACAUGUGGCAGGAGCGCUUCCUGUCACCGCUGCUGGGUCAUUUUCUCGAGGGCGUGGCUGCCGUGCUCGCCACCCCUACCGAGGACGUUUUCAUCUUCAACAUCCAGAACGACACGGAUGUGGGGGGCACCGUGCUCAACGUGAGCUUCUCGGCGCUGGCUCCUCGCGGGGCCGCGGCAGGCGCUGCCGGGCCCUGGUUCAGCUCGGAGGAGCUGCAGGAGCAGCUGUACGUGCGCCGCGCCGCCCUGGCCGCCCGCUCGCUGCUCGACGUGCUGCCCUUCGACGACAACGUGUGCCUGCGCGAGCCCUGCGAGAACUACAUGAAGUGCGUGUCGGUGCUCCGCUUUGAUUCGUCCGCGCCCUUCCUGGCCUCGGCCUCCACGCUCUUCCGACCCAUCCAGCCCAUCGCCGGCCUGCGCUGCCGCUGCCCGCCGGGCUUCACGGGAGACUUCUGCGAGACGGAGCUCGACCUCUGCUACUCGAACCCCUGUCGCAAUGGCGGCGCGUGCGCGCGGCGCGAGGGAGGCUACACCUGCGUGUGCCGCCCGCGCUUCACCGGGGAAGACUGCGAGCUGGACACCGAAGCUGGGCGCUGCGUGCCGGGCGUCUGCCGCAACGGGGGCACCUGCACCAACGCACCCAAUGGCGGCUUUCGCUGCCAAUGCCCCGCGGGCGGCGCUUUUGAGGGCCCGCGCUGUGAGGUGGCAGCACGCUCCUUUCCUCCCCGUUCCUUCGUCAUGUUCCGCGGCCUGCGGCAGCGCUUCCACCUCACGCUGUCCCUCUCGUUUGCAACAGUGCAGUCCAGCGGGCUACUCUUCUACAACGGGCGCCUGAAUGAGAAGCAUGACUUUUUGGCUCUAGAGCUUGUGGCUGGCCAAGUGCGGCUUACGUAUUCCACGGGUGAAUCCAAUACAGUGGUCAGCCCCACAGUCCCCGGAGGCCUGAGUGAUGGACAGUGGCACACAGUGCAUCUGAGAUACUACAACAAGCCCCGGACAGAUGCCCUAGGGGGUGCUCAGGGCCCUUCGAAGGACAAGGUGGCUGUCUUGAGUGUGGAUGACUGCAAUGUGGCUGUGGCUCUGCAGUUUGGUGCUGAGAUUGGCAACUACUCGUGUGCAGCCGCUGGUGUGCAAACAAGCUCCAAGAAGUCCCUGGACCUGACGGGCCCUCUGCUCUUGGGGGGUGUCCCCAACCUUCCCGAGAACUUCCCAGUGUCCCACAAGGACUUCAUUGGCUGCAUGCGAGACCUGCACAUCGAUGGCCGCCGAAUGGACAUGGCAGCCUUUGUUGCAAACAAUGGCACUAUGGCAGGCUGUCAGGCCAAGUUGCACUUUUGUGCCUCGGGCCCCUGCAAGAACAACGGUGUCUGCUCAGAGCACUGGGGUGGCUUCAUCUGUGACUGUCCUGUAGGCUUUGGUGGCAAAGACUGUCGGCUCACAAUGGCCCAUCCCUACUGUUUCCAUGGCAAUGGCACGCUGAGUUGGGACUUUGGGAGUGACAUGACUGUGUCUGUGCCGUGGUACCUGGGACUAGCAUUUCGAACACGAGCCACGAAAGGGGUCCUGAUGCAUGUGCAGCUUGGGCCACAUACUGUGCUCCUCUGCCGGCUAGAUCGGGGGUUGCUGUCUGUGACACUAAGUAGGGCCUCAGGCCACACUGUCCACCUCCUGUUGGACCAGAUGACUGUCAGCGAUGGCCGGUGGCAUGAUCUUCGGCUGGAGUUGCAGGAGGAGCCAGGUGGCCGAAGGGGCCAUCAUAUCUUUAUGGUUUCACUGGACUUCAGCCUCUUCCAGGACACCAUGGCCGUGGGGGGUGAGCUGCAGGGCCUGAAAGUGAAGCAACUCCAUGUGGGAGGCCUGCCCCCCAGCAGUAAGGAGGAGGCUCCUCGGGGUCUGGUUGGCUGUGUCCAGGGGGUGUGGACUGGCUUUACGCCCUUCGGGCCCUCGGCCCUGCUACCUCCGGGCCAUAGAGUGAAUGUGGAGCCUGGCUGUGCAGUGACCGACCCCUGUGCAUCUGGGCCCUGUCCUCCCCAUGCUGACUGCAGAGACCUCUGGCAGACCUUCUCCUGUACCUGUUGGCCAGGUUACUACGGCCCAGGUUGUGUGGACGCCUGCCUCCUGAACCCUUGUCAAAACCAGGGAUCAUGCCGGCACCUCCAAGGAGCCCCCCAUGGCUAUACCUGUGACUGUGCAAGUGGCUAUUUUGGUCAGCACUGUGAGCACAGGAUGGACCAGCAGUGCCCUCGGGGCUGGUGGGGAAGCCCAACCUGCGGUCCCUGCAACUGUGAUGUCCACAAGGGCUUUGACCCCAACUGCAACAAGACCAAUGGGCAGUGCCACUGCAAGGAGUUCCACUACCGACCGAGGGGCAGUGACUCGUGCCUCCCGUGUGACUGCUACCCUGUGGGCUCCACCUCGCGCUCAUGCGCACCCCACAGCGGGCAGUGCCCCUGCCGUCCGGGAGCCCUUGGCCGCCAGUGUAACAGCUGUGACAGCCCCUUUGCAGAGGUGACAGCCAGUGGUUGCCGAGUACUCUACGAUGCCUGCCCCAAGUCCCUGAGAUCUGGUGUAUGGUGGCCUCAGACCAAGUUUGGUGUUUUGGCCACAGUACCCUGUCCCCGGGGGGCCUUGGGAUUGCGGGGUACAGGUGCUGCGGUGCGGCUGUGUGAUGAGGAGCACGGUUGGUUGGAGCCUGACCUCUUCAACUGUACUUCCCCCGCCUUCCGGGAACUUAGUCUGCUGUUGGAUGGCCUAGAGCUGAACAAGACGGCACUGGAUACUGUAGAGGCCAAGAAGCUGGCUCAGAGGCUGCGGGAGGUGACUGGCCAGACUGAGCACUACUUUAGCCAAGAUGUCCGAGUCACUGCCCGCCUGCUGGCCUACUUGCUGGCCUUUGAAAGCCAUCAGCAGGGCUUCGGGCUGACAGCCACACAAGAUGCCCACUUCAAUGAGAAUCUGCUGUGGGCUGGUUCUGCGCUGCUCGCCCCAGAGACAGGGGACUUGUGGGCAGCCCUGGGGCAGCGAGCCCCUGGCGGUUCCCCAGGCAGCGCAGGGCUGGUGCGGCAUCUGGAAGAAUAUGCAGCCACCCUCGCAAGGAAUAUGGAACUGACAUACCUGAAUCCUGUUGGCCUAGUCACACCCAAUAUCAUGCUCAGCAUUGACCGCAUGGAACAUCCUAGUUCAACUCAGGGAGCCCGUCGUUACCCCCGCUACCACAGCAACCUUUUCCGGGGCCAGGAUGCCUGGGAUCCUCAUACACACGUGCUGUUGCCUUCCCAGUCCCCACAGCCCUCCCCAUCUGAAGUUCUGCCCACAAGCAGCAACGCAGAAAACGCCACAGCUUCAAGUGUGGUCUCCCCACCUUCCCCUCUGGAGCCUGAGCCUGAGCCUGGGAUCUCCAUUGUCAUUCUCCUGGUGUACCGCACCUUGGGAGGCCUUCUCCCUGCCCAGUUUCAGGCUGAGCGCCGGGGCGCCAGGCUCCCCCAGAACCCUGUUAUGAACUCCCCGGUGGUCAGCGUGGCUGUUUUCCAUGGACGCAACUUCCUCAGGGGUGUCCUGGUGUCCCCAAUCAACCUUGAGUUCCGCUUACUACAAACAGCGAAUCGGAGCAAGGCCAUCUGUGUGCAGUGGGACCCACCCGGCCCGGCAGACCGGCAUGGGAUGUGGACAGCGAGGGACUGCGAGCUGGUACACAGGAAUGGAUCCCAUGCACGGUGUCGCUGUAGCCGGACAGGCACUUUUGGAGUCCUUAUGGAUGCCUCUCCUCGCGAGAGGCUAGAGGGAGACCUGGAGCUGCUGGCAGUGUUCACUCAUGUGGUCGUAGCAGUGUCCGUGGCUGCCCUCGUGCUGACUGCGGCUGUCCUGCUAAGCCUGCGCAGCCUCAAGUCCAAUGUGCGUGGGAUCCACGCUAACGUGGCGGCCGCCCUGGGAGUGGCAGAGCUUCUCUUCUUGCUGGGAAUCCACAGAACCCACAACCAGCUGCUGUGCACUGCCGUCGCCAUCCUCCUGCACUACUUCUUCCUCAGCACCUUUGCCUGGCUCCUGGUGCAGGGCCUGCACCUCUACCGGAUGCAGGUUGAGCCUCGGAAUGUGGAUCGUGGCGCUAUGCGCUUCUACCAUGCCCUGGGCUGGGGCGUCCCUGCCGUGUUGCUGGGCCUUGCUGUUGGGCUGGACCCGGAGGGCUAUGGAAACCCUGACUUCUGUUGGAUCUCCAUCCAUGAACCUCUUAUCUGGAGUUUUGCUGGCCCUAUUGUCCUUGUCAUUGUGAUGAAUGGGACCAUGUUUCUCCUCGCUGCCCGCACAUCCUGCUCCACAGGGCAGAGGGAGGCCAAGAAGACCUCUGUGCUCAGGACCCUUCGAAGCUCCUUUCUGCUCCUUCUGCUGGUCAGUGCCUCCUGGCUCUUUGGCCUUCUGGCAGUCAACCACAGCAUUCUGGCCUUCCACUACCUCCAUGCUGGACUCUGUGGCCUCCAGGGCCUGGCUAUCCUGCUGCUCUUCUGUGUCCUGAAUGCAGAUGCCCGGGCUGCUUGGACUCCAGCCUGUCUAGGCAAGAAGGCAGCUCCUGAGGAAACCAGGCCAGCACCUGGGACGGGCUCUGGGGCCUACAACAACACGGCCCUCUUUGAGGAGAGUGGCCUUAUCCGCAUCACGCUUGGUGCCUCCACUGUCUCUUCAGUGAGCAGUGCCCGCUCUGGCAGAGCCCAGGACCAGGACAGCCAGCGGGGCCGCAGCUACCUCAGGGACAAUGUUCUGGUUCAUCAUGGCUCGACUGCUGACCACACCGAGCACAGCCUCCAGGCUCACUCUGGCCCCACUGACCUGGAUGUGGCUAUGUUCCAUCGAGAUGCUGGUGCGGACUCUGAUUCUGACAGCGACCUGUCUUUAGAGGAGGAGAGGAGCCUAUCCAUCCCAUCGUCAGAGAGUGAGGACAAUGGCCGGACACGAGGGCGUUUCCAGCGUCCACUCCGCAGGGCAGCCCAGAGCGAGAGGCUCCUUGCCCACCCCAAAGAUGUGGAUGGCAAUGACCUCCUGUCCUACUGGCCGGCCCUGGGAGAAUGCGAGGCAGCGCCAUGUGCUCUGCAGGCAUGGGGCUCUGAAAGGCGCCUAGGAGUAGACACCAGCAAAGAUGCAGCCAACAACAACCAGCCAGAUCUGGCCUUGACCAGUGGAGAUGAAACCUCCCUGGGCCGGGCCCAACGACAGAGGAAAGGCAUCCUGAAGAACAGGUUGCAGUACCCACUGGUGCCCCAGACUCGAGGCACUCCUGAGCUGUCCUGGUGCCGGGCAGCCACCUUGGGCCACCGUGCUGUGCCAGCCGCGUCCUACGGCCGCAUCUAUGCUGGUGGGGGCACAGGCAGCCUCUCACAGCCAGCCAGCCGCUACUCUUCUCGAGAACAGCUGGACUUGCUCCUACGGCGACAGCUGAGCAGGGAGCGGCUAGAAGAGGCCCCAGCCCCUGCCCCUGUUUUGCACCCCCUGAGCCGACCAGGCUCCCAGGAGCACCUGGAGGCUGCACCGGCCCGCCUGGAGCCCAGAGAUCGGGGCAGCACGCUACCGCGGAGGCAGCCACCCCGGGACUACCCUGGCACCAUGGCUGGCGGCUUUGGGUCGCGGGAUGCUCUGGACUUAGGGGCACCCCGAGAAUGGUUGAGCACGCUGCCUCCGCCCCGCCGCAACAGGGACCUUGACCCCCAGCACCCGCCUCUGCCCCUGUCUCCACAGCGGCAACUCUCAAGGGACCCCCUCUUGCCAUCUCGGCCCCUGGACUCUCUAUCUAGGAUCUCGAACUCUCGGGAGCAGCUGGACCGGGUGCCUAGUCGGCAUCCCUCACGGGAGGCCCUGGGACCAGCCCCACAGCUUCUCAGAGCCAGGGAGGACCCAGCCAGCGGCCCUAGCCAUGGCCCCUCCACAGAGCAACUGGACAUCCUCUCCUCCAUCCUCGCCUCUUUCAACUCCUCAGCCCUCUCCUCUGUGCAGUCCUCAAGCACACCCUCGGGCCCUCAGACAACUGCCACGCCUUCCGCCACAGCCUCUGCCCUCGGCCCUUCCACACCUCGCUCAGCCACAUCUCACAGCAUCUCGGAGUUGUCACCUGAUUCAGAAGUUCCCAGAAGCGAGGGUCACUCCUGAGGGGCCGACCAGCAGAGGAGGAGCCACCAGGGCAGCGGAGGAUUUGGGCUGACAGAAGAGACUCCAGGACUGAUCCCAAGGCAGCCUUCUUCAAGCCCUCCCCUCAGCUCAGUACAGCGCAGUGGAGGUCCCAUGCGCAUCUGUGAGCAUGCAUGUGACACCUGUGAGCAUGGGUGUGACAGGUGCAGGGGGCGGGGCUACGGGAGGACUUUUAUACGUUUUGUACCUUUGUAACCAGAGAGAUAUGCUUAUGUUAUUUUUCAGCUUUUCUGUCUCCCAGGGGUCCGAGACUGGGCUGGGAGGGGAAGGGGAUGGAAGAGAGGCGUAGUUUGGCCUCCUUUGGGUCCUUAGCAAACCAUCUGCUCUUUUCUUUCAUCUUAGAGUAGAGCAGACGUGUGGGGCAGAUCCUCUCUUUUCCCCUCUUCCCCACAUUGAUCUGAAAGUUGCUGGGGUCCAGAGUGCAAAUCUGAUCUUCUUUGCAUUUUCUCUGAUGCCCCCUAGGCCAAACCCCUGUGUUUGGGGGUUGGCUUUGGAAACCGGGGGUCCUCCAGUCGCCUCCUGAUGGCACACUCGUGCCACUCCUCCCUCCCCGUGGGUGUGGCUCUGUGUUACUUGGAGUCCCUGCCACUUACUGCCUUAAGACCGAGGACUGACGCUGCGGGUGCUGGCGGAGCAGCAGAAGUCAUGUUUACAGAUCAAGGCUUCCCUUUCUCCCUUGGGGAGGGACUCGGGCCUCUAAUCAGACAUUCCUGUGGGGCUGGGUGGAGAUGACGCUGUGUCCCUCCUUCCCCUGCCAGAGCAACACUAGUCUAUGGUGCCAUUCCUUCACUAAGCUGUCCCCUGCGGGGUGGGGUGGGGUGGGGGUGAACAAAGGGAGCAGAAAAAGGGAAUCCAAGACCCAGAAUGUAGGUGCCACAGCCUCCGGCUGUUUGCAGGGUCCUCCCCGGCACCAGGCUGCAGCAGCCACUGUCCCACCUCCUUGGUUCCUUAUAAAGGAAAAUGACUGCUGGGAUCCUGUUCACAAAGCUCCCUUGUGUUAUUUGUCUGAUGUCCAGGACUGGGGACUUUACAUUUUUGUUACUUUGUUUACAGGUCAAGAUUAUUUUUUAAAACUGUUGGGUUUUAUUUACUGUUUACAGCUUAAAACAUGGAAUUUACACACUUUGUUUACAGUUGAGAAUGUUAACUCCCCCCCCCUUUGUUUACAAGUGAAAGGUAGAAAAGUGGGAGAGGGGCCGAGAAGACCUACCUGUGACGGCCCUGGACCUGGCGAUCUAGAGGUGGGCUUCCAAACCUGACCUUUCCCAGGUCAGAGGUCGGCUGAUUCUUCUGCCUAACAGCUCGCCCGAAGGUGGCUCAGGCCUGGGGUUCUGUGCAAAUGCCACCCACCUCUACCCUGUGCAUACUCUUGGCAGUUUUUGAGAUUCAAAAAUCCCACUUCACUGCCUGUGCCAAAUCCCAUCAGCCAGGUCCCCGAUCUCCUUCCCCAGACUGACUCCUGCCCUUGAAGGGCUCAGUGGCCUGUCGGUGGGAGAGUUUCUUUACUAUGUCCUAGGUUCUGUAGAUGCCCAUCUCUGGGGUCCCCCUCCAACACAGUGGCCCUCUUUCCUGUCUGUGUAAAUUGUUCCAUGAAGCCGCGCUCUGUUUUGGGAAUAAACUUCUAUAGAAAACA